AUCACGUUUUGACGUUUAACAUAACCCUAUAAAAUUUCAAAUUUGUGUGUUUUCAAAUGGUUUUAUUUAAUAUUUAAUUUCUAAUUGUAUUUAUAACAUACAUUUAUUUAUAUUUGAUAUGGAGGUUAUUGAAUCGUUUGAGAACAAUUUAAAUCUAAAAUGCAAGCUGCAGGUUUUGUCUCGAGCCGAUGGAUCUGCUAUGUUUUCAGAAGGCCAAACUGUAGUUCUGUCUGCUAUCUACGGACCAGUCGAGGUAAAAAUGCAAAAGCUAUUAAUCGAAAAAGCUUCAGUUGAGUCUGUUUUUAAACCAAAAUCUGGCCUACCAGGAGUGUCAGAUAGAUACAAAGAAUAUCUUAUUAAAAAUAUCUGUGAAACAGCUUUAGCUUCAGCUCUAUAUCCCAGGACUGCGGUAUUAGUAAAUUUACAAGAAAUGCAGAAUCAAGGACAGUUGAUAUCGUGUGCUAUAAACGCUGUCUGCUUGGCCUGUUUGGAUUCAGGUAUAGAUAUGAAAUUUCUAUUUGGUGCCGUUUCGUACUUUUUAACAAAAGAAGAAGAGUUAACUCUUACGCCUCCCAUUAACGAAUCUUCGGUUAAAGCUAUGUUUGUAUUUGUUUUUAAUAAUACUAAAGGAGAUGUAAUUGCUUCCCAUACCGAGGGUAGAUUUAGUAUAGAUCAAUAUAAAACAGCCUUAGAUAUAUGCAGAGAUGAAGUGAAAAAAGUGUUUAUUUUCUUUAAGGAAACUUUGUUAGAUACAUAAUAAAAUUUUGGAUUAUAUUUGUAA